CUUAAAGUCAGAAAGUCUAAUGUUAUUCCAUACCAACAUAAUAUCUAAAAAUGAUAGGUUCUUGAUUCUCCUUUAGACACGUACAAUUUGAUUCAGAUCCUCGAAAUCAUCUAAAAUCCAAUCAAUAGCCGCAUGCGACAUACACGAUGGCCACGACCACGAUAACCACUACGACCAGAAAGAAGAAUACAAAUCUCUUGCCUGAAAAUGAGCGUUUCCUACGAUGUUGCGCCGACAUAGCGAGCGCUCUGAUCGAAGAUCAUGAAGCCACCAAAGACCCAAAGAACCCAAGGCGGGAUAUCAACCUCAACAGUCUACGCUCCAAAUUCUCGAGGAAGCACAAGAUUGCGAGCAUGCCGCCGCUGACUGCCAUCAUUGCUGCUGUUCCUGAACACUACAAGAAGUACAUACUUCCCAAGCUGAUCGCAAAGCCUAUUCGAACUUCUUCUGGUAUAGCCGUCGUCGCCGUCAUGUGUAAGCCUCAUAGGUGUCCUCACAUUGCCUACACUGGUAAUAUCUGCGUCUAUUGUCCAGGUGGGCCCGACUCCGACUUCGAAUAUAGUACACAGUCCUACACGGGCUACGAGCCUACGUCAAUGCGCGCCAUUCGGGCCCGAUACGACCCCUUUGAACAGGCUCGUGGCCGCGUUGAUCAGCUUAAAUCUCUCGGUCACUCGGUCGAUAAGGUCGAGUACAUCAUUAUGGGCGGCACAUUCAUGUCGUUGCCUGUACCAUAUCGAGAAGAAUUCAUUUCGCAGCUACACAACGCGCUAAGCGGCUACCAAACAACCCACGUUGAUGAAGCAGUCGAGGCCGGCGAGAUGAGUAAUGUUAAGUGUGUAGGCAUUACAAUUGAAACCCGACCAGACUAUUGCCUUCAGCCACAUCUAACAGACAUGCUACGGUAUGGGUGCACGCGUUUAGAAGUAGGCGUGCAAUCCCUGUACGAGGAUGUUGCUCGAGAUACUAAUCGGGGACACACGGUGGCAGCGGUCGCGGAGACAUUUUGCCUUGCCAAGGAUGCCGGAUUCAAGGUGGUCUCUCACAUGAUGCCGGAUUUGCCAAACGUGGGCAUGGAACGUGAUUUAGAUCAGUUCAAAGAAUAUUUUGAAAACCCAGCAUUCCGAACUGAUGGGCUCAAGAUCUAUCCUACGUUGGUAAUCCGUGGCACGGGGCUGUACGAACUGUGGCGGACGGGCCGCUAUAAGAACUACACACCCAAUGCUUUGAUCGACAUUGUGGCAAGAAUAUUGGCACUUGUCCCUCCAUGGACAAGAAUCUAUCGAGUCCAAAGAGAUAUCCCGAUGCCGCUGGUCACGUCAGGUGUUGAAAACGGCAACCUCAGAGAAUUGGCGCUAGCUCGGAUGAAGGACUUUGGAACAACGUGUCGUGACGUGAGAACACGCGAGGUCGGAAUCAACGAAGUCAAGCACAAGAUCCGACCAAAUCAAAUCGAACUGAUCCGUCGUGAUUACACAGCCAAUGGUGGUUGGGAGACAUUCCUCGCUUAUGAGGAUCCUAAACAAGAUAUUCUGGUUGCACUACUUCGCCUGCGUAAAUGCACAGAGAAGUAUACCUACCGCGAGGAACUCACUGGACAGCCCACUAGUCUUGUCAGAGAGCUCCAUGUCUACGGAACUGCUGUGCCGGUUCACGCAAGAGACCCCAAAAAGUUCCAGCACCAAGGAUUUGGCACGCUUCUAAUGGAAGAGGCAGAGCGUAUUGCACGCGACGAACAUCAAAGUGUUAAGAUCAGUGUCAUCAGUGGUGUAGGAGUGAGGAGUUACUAUAGGAAACUCGGAUAUUGGCUAGAUGGGCCAUAUAUGAGCAAGUGGCUAGAUGGUCGUCCACAAGAGCAACCGUGAGAAUAACGAGUCUGUAGGAAGACCAUAAUCGAGGACAACUGUCAGCUCGAUUUUGAAGCACGAACUACGGAGA